CGGGGAACGGACAGUUAUGGCGGCGGCCUCAUCUUCCACGGGCCCGAGUAGGCCCGACGAAGCUGCGGUGCCCCCCGGGGCGCUGCAGUACAGCCUCUUGCUGGAGCACUUGGUGGGCGAGAAGCGUGGGCCGAGGCAGGCGAGGGCUUUGGACCCGGCCGCCCUUGGGGGCUUCCCGGCGCCGGCCAAGAGCCCCGAGCAAAAGAUGGUCGAGCGGGCCAUGGAGAGCUGCGGCUUCAAGGCGGCGCUGGCCUGCGUCGGGGGUGAGGAGGUCGUGGUGAGGAGGGAGGGAAAGAGGGGUUUCGUUUGGUGGUGGGGCGUCUCUUUUUUGGUUUUGCGAAAAGUUACUUCUCGGGCCUUCCCAGCGGCCUACCUUGCAGGGUUGUCGUGAGAAAGACCUUAAGCGAAGAGCGCAUGCGUCAGUUAUGCUCAUUAGCGUCGGUGCAGCAAUAUUUGUGGUGAAUAACAAUGUGGAUUUUUAUUCUAAAUUAUUUUAUGUUUUAUUAUUUUAAAUUUAUUAUUUUAAAUUUCUAAUUUUUAUUAUUAGCCCCAGGUUGUAGAAUCUGAGAGGUGCAAUAAUAAUAAUAAUAAUUUCAUUUAUACUCUGCUUAUCCUGCUGGGGUAUAAAAAAUUAUAAUAAUAAACUAAAUUGCAUCUCUCAGCUUCUACAACUUGGGGCUAAUAAGCACUACCUUGCAGGGUGUCGCAAGAACAGCCACAAGGGAAAAGACUAUAAAAUGCUUAUUAGCAAUGGCACAGCAAGCCUUGUGAAAAUGCGUUCCUGCAGGCCCACAAUAUAUUUGUGGUUAAUAACAAUCAUUGUGGAUGUAUUCUAUAUAGCAUUGCAUCUCUCAGCUUCUACAACUUGGGGCUAUGAAGAACCAACCUACUUUGCAGGGUUGUUGCAAAAAUACCACAAGUGAAAAGAGCACCAUAAAUUACUAUUAGCGAUGGCAUAUCAAGACCUAUUAAAAGUUUUCCUGCAGGCCCACAAUAUAUUUGUGGCUAAUAAAGAAGCAGGAGAGUUUCAGUGUCAUUCAUAAAGGCAUGCCCAUUUGGAAGCCGUCGAAAAAUACGUCCUUUCUAUUAUUGAGCCUUUAGUGGUAUAGAAAAGCAUCUGUAUGGCACUUUAGAGCACUUAGAGCUCAAUAAUAGUAAUGAAGAAUUGUGCACUUGCUUAUUAAACAUUUAAUGAAUGCACUUUUCUUUAGUGGGCUCAUCAGCUGCAAAGCAUUAAGUGGCAGGAUGUUGGGUAUAUAUAAUAAUGCCUUUAUGCAAAUCUAUGGUGCGACCACAUUUGGAGCACUGUGUAUGGUUCAAAAGGAUGUUUUAGAUGUGGAAAAGGUUCAAAAACUGGCAGCCAAGAUGAUCAAGGGGAUGGAGCAACAGCCCCAUGAGGAAAGGCUGCAGCAUUUGAGACAUUUUAGUUUAGAGAAAAGGAGAGUCAAUGGAGACAUGAAAGAAGAUAGAUAACAUAAUUCAUGGCAUGGAGAAAGUGGAGAGAGAAACGUUUGUCUCAUAACGCUAGAACUCAGGGACAUGCAAUGAAGCUGAGCGUUGAAGGAUUCAGGACAGACAAAAGAAAUGGCUUAUUCACGCAGUACAUAGCAGGUAUGGACACCAAAGUGAAUGGCUUUAAAAGAGGUUUAGACAGAUUCAUGGAGGGUAAAGGUGAUCAGUGGCUACUAGCCUUGAUGGCUAUGUUUUUCUUCCAUUGUCGGAGUCAAUAUGGCCCUGAUUGCCAGUUUGCUGGGAAACAGAACUGGGGAGCGGAGUGCUGUUGCAUGCAGGUCCUGCUUGUAGCGGUGGCGUAGGAAGUGGGGUGCGGGCCGCCCUGGGUGUCAUCACUGAGGGGGGUGACCACAGAGCCUGGCCUGCAGCGCGCCCAAGCCGCACAUCUCUCCUGGGGAGUGACGCGGUGGCUUGGGUACCUGCAGGCUCCGCACUGCCCAAAACAGCAACUUGGGGCUUGCAGACUCCGUGGAGGUUUCGCACAUCAUGCUCUGCCCCAGCUUGCCCCACCCCCGGGUGCAGGGCAUUUGUGCCACCCCGGGUGCUCGAGCAGCUAGCUAUGUCGCUGGCAUGUGGGCUUACCAUCGAGGCAUCUGGUUGGCCCCUGUGAGAAAAGGAUACUGAAUUAGAUGGGCCACAAGCCUCCCCUGAUUUCAUGUGUCCGAGCAGAGUGGCCUGAAAUUGAGGAGAUGAGGAUGCUUCUGAGAAACAACACUGAAAUGGACUUUGGAGCCUGUCACCCUGCUAACUGCCUUGCCAACUUUUCUGUUUACUUGGCAGGAUUCGUGCUGGGAGGUGCCUUUGGUGUGUUCACGGCCGGCAUCGAUACCAAUGUGGGGUUUGACCCCAAGGAUCCGUACCGCACGCCAACAGCCAAAGAGGUCCUGAAAGACAUGGGGCAAAGAGGGAUGUCCUACGCCAAGAAUUUUGCCAUUGUCGGUGCCAUGUUUUCCUGCACUGAAUGCCUGGUGGAGUCUGUGAGUAUCUCUCCGGCUUUGAUCUGCUGGUUUCUUGUAAUGAUUUUCUUAUUUAAAUAUAACAUCUUACACUGUAAGCUGUCAUUCAUGCCAGCCUUAAAGCCACAGUCUUCAGUAGGACUGUAUGCAUGACUAAAAGUGACAACUCCUGAAUAUCUCUGGUCUUCCCACUGGGGCAUCUCAUCUAGUUGGCCACUUUGACCUGACCCAGCAGGGGAACUCUCAUGUUCUCAUCUCAAGCCACUAGAUUUAUUCCCCACCCAACAGUACAAAAGCAGCACUGCUACUGCUAUUGUGAUUGAUUAAUUGAUUAUUGCAGUGUUUCUUAGGUGCCCUGGGCCAGAUACAACUAUUUAUACAAGAUAAAAUAUUAAAAACAGUUUCAGAUAAAUUAGUCGCAAGAAUAGGGUGGGUCCUGAAAGAUGUGGAUUUUCAGUAUAUGAUGAAAGCUUAUGACGAUUGCUUUGAGGGUUGGUGUUUUGUUUUUGUUUUUUUACAAUCAAGCUGUAUAUAAAUUGUAUGAAAUAAAUACAAAAGGUGCCUGGCUCACCUUUGUGGGAAUUCCACAGCUUAGGGGCUGCCACAGAAAUUGCCCUCUCCCAGGCCACCCCACCCUUUGAACUUUCAAGGGCAGUGGACCAAGAGGGCACCCUCUGCCAAUAGUGACACUCAGGAGGGUCCGUAGGAGGAGGAGGUCUUUCAGACAUCUGGGGCCUGCGUGGUUUAGAAUUGAUGCUGUAUGCAGAGAUUCAUGUGGCUGGUCUUGAUGUUGUGUUUCUCAUUUUCCUAGUAUCGAGGCAAGACUGACUGGAAGAACAGCGUGAUGAGUGGGUGCAUUACUGGAGGGGCCAUUGGCUUCCGGGGUGAGUCGUGUUGCCGUUGAGCAGUUGCUGGGCUCAUUUGGAUCCUGAUAAAGACAGAAUGCUGCAGGCUCUACUGCUCCUAAAUGUUAUGGCCAGGAAGUAAUAUGAGCCAUAGCACAGAGCAGGAUGUUGGACUGCAACUCCCACCUCUCCUAUCCUAGGCUGUGGCAGCUGUGGCUGAUGGGAGUUGGAGCUCAGCAGCAUCUGGGGGACCACAAGUUCCCCACGCCUGACUACAAUCCUGGCCCUGUUUAACUUGGAAUAAGCCUCACUGAAUUUAGUAGGACUUACUGUAGUAGACAUGCCUAGAAUUGUGCUGUUAGUCUUAGCACCUGCUCCAAGGUGCUGGAACUGCUUGCUGAAGGUGAAUUGUCUCAUCCUUUCUCUGAUGACCUUCCGCUGACAGACAGAUGCUUUUUUCUGUUUAUACAGGGAUUUGUCCUCAUAAGCUGACUUGUGGCCACUGUAGAUGCUGUGGCUCAGUCAGGUGGUGUUUUCCCCACUGACUGUUUGGAUCAUGGAAGGAGAACCUCUGCCUUGACUAAGGGUUCAAUCCUUAGGAUGGCCUGUAGUUUCAGUCCCCACUGGAAUCUCCAAGUAGAGCUGGGAAAAGGACUACAAACCUACAGAGCUGCUGCCAUUCGGUGUAAACCAUACUGAGCUAGCUGGAGCCGGGCAAGUUAAAAAUUAAAAGUGUUAAUCUUCCCUAAGAGCAUUAAAUGGUUUUCUGAACAGCUUCUAGCUAAGCUUGUUAUGUUGGGUCCGAUUGGUUUAAACUUCUUUGAGAGGGAAAGACAGCUGGUGCUACCUGAAUCCCAUCUCUGUGUUUGCAGCCAAGAGUUGUUGCUUCUGAUCUUACUGAGUGCUCCAGUUUCUAGGGCCAGGACCUGGUUCAGGUCAUCCUCUGUAGGGCUGAAAGAAAAGGAAUAUUUUACAAGGGGUUGGGAUCAAACCUGCUAGUGGAAGUGAUCUUUUUUGCUUUCCAGCCAACAAUAUAGGCUUAGCUACAGGAAAGAAACUUGAUUAUGUGCUGUUGUGCUGACGGCCUUCUCCUUUUGCCUUGCAGCUGGCCUGAAAGCCGGGGUCCUUGGCUGUGGGGGCUUUGCUGCAUUCUCUGCAGUGAUUGACUACUACUUACGGUAGCAGCUGAUGCCAAUGAAUGGGAACCUUCUGGUGUGAACUGUGCAGGACAGCUGGCCCAACUCACUUUCCUGUUCCUGACAACCGAUUAAGGAAAGGGGAAAGGUUUCUGAGAGCUGUGUCCUAGAAAACAGGAUAUGCAUCCAGCCCGUGGGCAGAGUCAGCGAGUCAUCUAAGCAAAGUGUUGUUCAAACAUCGUUGGAGAGGUACGACUAGGUGUUAAUUCCAAGGACUGACUGUAUUCUAUCAACUCCUUCUGCUAAGUGUAUGCAUUUGCUGUGGCAAGCAUAAAAGCUGUUACAGCAUGUCAGCACUUGCUACAAACACAAGCUCGUAGCUUCAUAACUAUGUCGGAUACAGGAGAAAAUUGAAAGAUUUAACUUAUUCCAGGCCUUGUCAAGUGUUUGAUGCUAAUGAAACAAGAACGAUAUUUCCUAUCAUGUAAAAGAUGCUGUGGCUAGUUGUUUGUCAAUGAAUAUCAAAUUUAGCUUAGGUUUCUGAAAUGGAGCUUGACACCUACAAAUUCAUUGAGGCGAGAUCGCUCUACGGUUAUUAGUCGUGUUUCCUACAUAGAACCUCCUUUUGCAGAGGCAGUAUACCUUUGAACACCAAACAGCAGGGGAGGGUUGUUGCCUUCAUUCCCUGCCUCUGCACAUUGCAGAGACGUUUGGCUGAUUACUGCUGGAAACAGUGUACUGGGUUAGAAGGAUCCAGUAGUGAGGCUAUCUGUAGAUUCCUGUUAUACGAUAGUAAGAAGUAAAGUACAUUCUCUUGGGUACAGACAGUGUAAAGCUGGAAGCAGCUCUCCUGCCUCCCACACUAAGCUUGGUAACCUAGGGCCCCUCUCCGUACUACAGUACAUUCUGGGAAGAGACCUUUAGAAGAAAAGAGAGGAUGACUCUGCCAGUGACCAAGAAAAAGUGGGGUUUUGUCCCCUGCAGAUGUUACAGGUGCUUGUCAGGAGAGCUUCCAACUGGCUGAAGCGUCUUAAAAGAGAAACUGAAAUAAAACACCAAAGAACUUGGAUGGUUUAUGAACUGCAGUGCUACAUCAGGGAGACCGCUCUUUCCCCACUCCGGUACAGCACUGUUGGGGGUCUCCAGAGGACUUCAGUGAGGCAGCGCAGCAGGUAGGUGGGACUUCUUGAUGAUCUACUUAAACUAGGCAGUUAUAGCUUGUCAGUGCAUAGGCUGGUGUUGAAUGUGCCCAGCUGUGUCUUUGGAGGUGAGAGCAGCUCAGCAUCACUGGUUCAAGGCGAGGGGCUUCUUUUCAUGCUAGACUGAAGGGAAGUUGCCUUCAAGACUCACUGCCUCCCUCCACUAAAUUAUUUUUUCUACAGCAGGUUCUAAAUCUGCAUUCUGGGUUGGUUUUGCAUCAGACAAAGGCCAGCAUCAUAUUGCGUGCUCUCCACCCCCCACAGCAAAUUGUGAUGCUGCGUACUGAACCUGGGGCUUUCUGCCCCCUCUCACUAAUCAGCACCACCACUGGGACUUGCUGUGAAAUUGUAAUUAAAAGAUCACAAACGGGCGGGGGGGGGCACUCAUGUGUUCAGAGCUGGUUUGUGAAGUGACACCGAACAGGAGGAUGGAAGCACACUAGGCACCCAUCUUGGCAUUCCCAUGGCAACAGCCCUAGUUGCCUGGGAGAAAUAAUGCUGUUUCACAGGCCGAAUAAUUAAGCUUUCCCACUCUCCCCCGCCUUUAUUUCCCUUUGCCAGCCCCCUUCCUAUUGGCAGAAUUGCUUAUUGAGCUGCAACAGCCCCUAAUAACGGCAUGGGAUCAAUUGCUUGCAUGAAUUCUGUCAUGUGGUACAGGUGUGCUCAUAGCUAGAUGUGCAAGACAUGGUCCUCCCUCUCCCUUGCAUAAUCCCUGUACAGGAGGGGAAAUGCAGCUAGACUACAGUUAUGAGCAAGGGAGCGGAAGGUGGUAUAGAUCGAGUGGCUGUUAGAACAAGAGGAGCCAAAGUGGUACCUCUGGGUAUUAUUGAACUCCCAGUUCCCAUCAGCACCAGUGUCCGGCCUAGCUAGUGGUCAAGGGUGAGGGGAGUUUUAGUUAAGCAGCAUCUGGAGGGCAGCACAUUGGCUGCUUCUGUAUUAGAUGCCUAGGAUGUUGACUUCUACUGAGUCAGACCACUGGGCACCCACAUCUCACACUGACUGGCAGCAGUGGCUCUCCAGGGAUUCAGGCAGGGUCUCCCAGGUGCUCUACCAAUUGAACUAUUACUCCUGUCAUGUGUCCAAGCUAGUUACACCAAAUCUUUUUAAACACCGAUUGAGAUACAAAAGACCAAACACCCCGGAAGUAAUUUGUGCAAAUGUUUGGGCUUUGCAUUUUAUUAACUUUUUUUUUUUUUUAAUCUCCUCACAUGGUUUACAUCCAUUUAAAGUUUGUCAUCUACAGAGAGGGGAGAAAAAAACCUGCAACGGAACACAACCAAAAAUAUAUAUAUAUAUAUAAUAUAUAUCCUUAAACAAGUCAAAUAUCAAUUAUACAGUUUCUAAUCUAACCUGUAGCUCCAGGAGUCCCAGUCUCCCCUUCCUCACCGUCAGAAAAAAGAGCAAGUGCAGUUUUCGGGGGGGGGGGGGGGCUGGCUAUGCUGGUAUCAGAUUCUGACACUCAGAAGUGCGCGGAGGCGCUCUGGCUUAGGAAUGACUUCAGCUUCCACAGACACAUACAUACAGGUAGAUGCAGACCCACAAAGAUCUGUGCAGGAGGGCCCGAAAAAUAACAACUCUGGCCAACAAAAUAUUUCUGGUCCCUGAACAGUGGGCCACAGAACAUUCCAUUGUCCUGGGCAGAAAGUGUGGCCGAAGUCACUUAACGUGGAGGGGCAGGCCUGGAAGUAAUUUCUCUUGUGAGGGUGGGGGACUUCUCCAUGAAACAAAGGGCUGUCUAGCUUGCCAAUACAACUUAUUGCUGGAUUGCUGCUUGGCACCUGGGUGUGUGAGUGGGGUGGCAAUCGGGAACACAGAGCCCCCACUCCUUCGGAGGGCUGCACUCUCCUCGGCUGCUUCACCCGGUCUGUCGCAGAAAGAGGGAAAUGGGGGGUGCAGGUGGUGAAGGCUCUUAAGGGCUGAAAUGAUACCUUUGACAUCCAACCUGAGUCUUCCUUAGCUGAACCCUGUAAGCCAUGCUACGUGAAGCACGGAGAAACGGCCCCUUUUCCAGACACCCUCCUGGGGGAAAGGUGCCCAACAGCCCCAGUGGAUGGCUGGGCUGGAUCGAAGCCAUGUGGAGGAGGCGGAAAUACCCGCUGGCUCCCUGGCCAGGCUUGGCUAGCGAGAGCCACCUGCAAGAGGCAUGGCCACAAGGCAACCAGCCUCCUGCCUUCCUCUCGGCCAGCCAAAUAAUCCUUUCAGGGGUGGGGAGCAGGACACUCUCUCCUGCAUUAAGAUCUGAUUUCCUUUCUAAGGAUUAAGUUUGAAUUAGUCCCAAGAGAAUCUAACCAUAAAUAAAGUGAUUGUGGGCAACACAGCAGGGCGGCGGGGAUGGGGAGGUAGGUAUCACUCUCUGUCACACACACAUCUAUGACUAGCAAACAGCCACUUUCUCUUCACUUUCCUGCCAUCAAGGUUCAUUUUUAAAACCUUUUUACAGAAUAAAACAGGAAGAUGGCUGCUUUACCCCCCCCCCACAUUAUGCACAGUUACAAAGCCUACCGAGGCACAGGAGUCACAGGACGAGAGGCUCCCCCAGCAUUAAAAAAGUGGGGGGAGCUGGAAUAGGCAGGGCUUCUUAAAACAAAAAUGUUGCUGUCUUCAGCCCUGCCAGCUGGGGUAAAAGAAUGCAGAUUUCAGCAACCAGAUCUGUCAGGCGAGACAAAAGCGAAGAGAAUGUAGGUUGGCCAGGACGGGGGGAAGAGCCCUUGGUGUCCUCCUUAAGCCUCCAAAAGCAGGAAAAUCCAAGCAAGCAGCGUACAUGCAGGCCACAAAGGCAGGGAGCAAAAAAGAUCAAGCAUUGUUGCGGGUGGCGAGGCCGGCUGGAGGAGAGGACUUGGCUGCAGCGAAGCUCUAUUGGACCCAGAAGGCGGCAACCAUUUUUGGGAAGAAACGAGAGGCUGUGUCUUCAUCCGUCGCUCACUUCCUUCCCACUGCUCAACAAAUGGAAAGUAAAAAAUGACUCCUGGACACAAGAAGUAUGAGAGACGUGGACUACUGUGCUGGGAGGUGGGCAGGGGGGAAAGAAGGGUGUGGGGCUGAUACAAAAUCGUCCCAUGAGGUAUGGGGCAGCGUCUGGUUCCAGGGCAGCGACGUUAUUCUCAGCAGGAUCCGUGCUCGGAUUCAUGAGUCUGUGCUGCGCCCCUCGGCUUAGGAAAAUGCAGGUGGCUGCAGGGCCCCGGGGCUACACGUCUGUGGAGAAGUAGAGUGCGUUGCGCUUGAGCUCCGCAAAGGAGAUGGGCGUGUGCUGUAGAUAGUAGAGUAGCACUUGCACCUGCAAAAGGAAAAGGGGGUUAAAAUCAGGGUAGUCUCACACACACUGCAAAGUGUCCCCAACAGAGAACAGUUCUUGAUAGGUAGAGAUGUCUUCUGAUGGAAUCCCUGCGGAUUUUCUUAUUUGCCACACUGCAAAGUUGAUGGAAUAAAAAGCACAGCAGGAACAGAGCGACGAGCCCAGAAGGGCCAGCUUUAGGAAGAGCUGCAACAUGCCCAGGAGCUGCUACAUACGCACUCACUCUCUUUCAGUUAUUUAACCAGCCCCUCAAACUGCCCCUCCAAUUAAGGGGGCCCAGCAGGAAUUUGGGCAAAGACAGAUGGGACAUUUAUUGAGCAAUGAAGCAGGUCUGGAAGCAGCAUUUCUGUGCUCAGUUCACACGAAGUGUAUGCUUUACCACUAAGCUACAAUUCCUCUCCAAAUUCUAAAGCAGUUUUUAAAAUGUUAUCCACUACGCUUUAAAAAAGAUUAAUGCACAAGAAGCUAAUACAAGUUCGGAGGUUUUAAAAAUGAAAUUAAGGUCUACCUGAGCAAGCGCUCUCUCUCUCUCUCUCCCCCCCCCCCUCUACACACACACACACACACACACACACACAGAGCGUGCGCUCGAGCAGCUGCGCUUCCAGGGUGAAGUUUGAAACUUUGCCCAGCAGAGGGAGCUUGCCCAUCCAAACGCAGUCAAAUCCUCUGCUUGCUUCCCCCCCCUCUUCCCCACCCACUGUACCUGCGCCAUUACGUCGUGGGACCAGAUAUCUGAGGCCAACGUGAGGUGCUGCCCUUUGCUCUCCACCUCAGAAGGUCUCAGCAACGUUGGGCCAAACACAGUGGCCAGAUUGUGCAGGGACAUUUUGUUGACGGGCUCCUUCUCAGCCACCCUGCGUAAAAAGACAAAGAGAGAGACCCAUUUCAAAAAGACUCGCAAGAUUUUGGCGCGGCCUUCCAAGUCAGCUAAGACAAGGUUUGCAGGCUUUUCCACCAUAGCCCAGCUGGAGAAGAUCAGAUGGAAUUUCUCACCAUUUCCCCCCUCUCUCUUUCUCCUUGCCUGACCCCUCAUUCUGGACACACACAAUUUCCACAUGUGAAAGCAACACAAUCCCAGCUUCAAACUCCCGCCUUGACGUGGCACCAUCCGCUUUUCCCAGUUCCCGCCCCCUGCCAACUUGCCCUCUGAGGUUUUGGCUCUGGAAAUCAUCCAAAACGUCCUCCAGCACACACACACCUUCCCCGGAAACUACUGCUGGCUGUGCUGGUCCAUGGCCAGCUAUUGCCUUGGAAACCAGCGUCAAAAUAUUGCCAUGUUAGGAGGCAGCUGCGCUCCAGCCCCAAUAACACAAGCUGUGCUCCAUUUGAGUGGUGUCCAGCAGAACAGAUGUGGGAACUGGAUGUGCCCUCUCUUCCGAGCUGAGAGCCAAGUGGAUUUUCCUUCCAGGACGCAGCGCUGCUCUCCCCCCGUCCUACAACCACCUCUUUCUGCUGCUGGAUCAUCCUUCUCUCCCCCCCUCCCCCCUGCUUGAUUCUUAACAAACAAAACAGGGAAGAGGGAUGUGCCAAUUAACACAAGAUUCCAGCCCCAAAUUCCCACUGGUGCAGAGGAGCUUUUGGCCUGCCCGGCACUCGGCCAAGCCGCAGCUCCUACAUCGAUUCCAUGUCCUCGGCAGAAGCCGAGUGACUUGAGGGAGGGAGGAGGCCGGAGCCUGUCCGCAUCCAAGCCCUCAUGAGCAGGCUGCUAGGUGACAGCGCCAUCGCCUUAAACCCCUCUGUCAUCUCCCUUUCAGGAUCUAUAGAGGCGGCUGAGGUUUCCAGACAGUCUGCGAGCAGUUUCUCCUUAUAUGAAGAGAGUUGCACCUGCCGCUGAACUCUGCUCCGCCCCAAGGGAAGCAAGUGGAAAAUUAGGAACGGG